UGAAAUAUACUGACUGACGGUGAUUGCACCCGCAAGGGCUGGGCAGCUGAUACGUACGACGAUCGUGGUCGAUGCCCUCUACCUGCCCAUAACAAGCGAAGCGGCAAUGGCCAAGUCCUGCAAAGGCCUCGCGAUGGAGCUCGUCAAAUGCCUCAGCGAAUCCGAUUGCGUUAAGGUUGAUAAGCGAUCAUACAGGGAAUGUGCUGGAGAAAAGGUGCCUUCCAUAUCGAGUGAAUGUGUAGGCCUUAGGGAGACAUACUUUAACUGCAAGAGAGGCCAGGUUGACAUGAGAGCACGGAUACGCGGCAACAAAGGUUACUAGAUCCUAAAAUUUUCCUUUGUUAUGAUUCAAAAUGGUGGGUUGAGCAAAGUAACCAAUCUAUAAAUUGUAUUUAGUCGAAGAUUUUGCAUUUGAUCUAGUUACUACUAUAUAGAUUACUUUAACUAAAAUCCUGUACGAUUACACCCCAUACAUAUCAUCAGGUCUUGCGUGAGGUGUAUUGCAAUGUAGAAUAUUACUUUGUUAUGUUGUUUAAGUGGAGCUCUUUCGCUUGCAAGUUUCAGUCA